GUCGAAGUCGAGCAAGAAAGCGAGCAAAGUGUGUCUGUGCAGUAGUAGUGCAAGAGCAGCAGCAGGAGCCAGACGAGAAAGAAAAAGUACUCGGCCACGAGUCGGGGCCAUAACUUUUGUGCACAAAAUCAUAACAGAGAAGAUAAAUGAAUGUGUGAUGACCUCCUCAGUAAAAAUAGUUGCGUUUUGUGAUUGUUGUUUUGGGGGCGGAGGAAUUUUCCAACCAAAGCUUGUGUGCACCGGAUCGCAUCCGAUGAAUCGACGUCAGGCGUAAGCAUCGUCGGUGAUGGAAGAAAUUAGUUUGGUGUGCUAAAUGUAGGAUCGAUUCGCAGUGAGAUUUUUUCUUUCUUCUCUUUGUUUUGUUAGCACACACCAGUGCAGGAGUGGAAAUGGCAUUCAAAGUUUGAGAAAAAUUGAUCUGUUCGAGAUUUUCCUCUGUUGGAAAUCGUAAAAUCGAAGAUUAGAAACGCGUCCGCGACAUACGACAGACUGUGGCAGUCAGCGUAACGCGAGUUGGCUGCGAGCACCUUGAUUGUCGAAAUAAAAAGUUUCCGAGUCGAGACUGUGUGGACGAGGAUUUGUGCGAGAUUUAUACCAAUUCAAGUGCGAGUACGAGUUUCGAAAAUGCGGGCCUAGAUGUGGAGAAGAAGACGCUCCAACUCGUGCUCAUACGCCAUCGUCUACAAUUUGCUUUUAUUGGUGUAAUUUAUUUCUUAUCUUGUUUUUGAGUUAAGCCCGUUGGCUGCUGGUUUGUUUGUUCGAGCUGAUCGCUUGAUGGAGAUCACAAAGCGCUGUACAGUUCCAAUUUGAGUGCAUGUGUUGCUACUCUACUAGUGGAGACUAUUUUAAAAGACGAAUGCUGAGUGAAUUCCCAAUGUCGCACCUCCCCAUCCAAGGCAGAGUAUACAAAGUUGCUUCCGAUCGUGUUUCCUCGUGUGGUCUCGCGGAGGUCAGCAGGCAGCUGUGAGAUAACGCCAAAUAAGAAGCACAGUCACAGUUGUCAUCCGCAUCGCUAUCAUCGCACUCCGAUGGGAUAGAUCAUGGAUUGGAUCAUCAACGACGAGCUAGGGCUGACCGUUGGCCACGUCGUGGGUUACGUGUCGGCCUCCUUCAUGGUCGUCGGCGGAGUGCUACCAUAUAUUCCGCAGUACAAGCAGAUCAAGCAGACCCAGGAUGCCGAGGGAUUCUCGCUGCACGUGUGUCUGGCGCUGCUCAUUGCCAACAGCUUGCGGAUUCUGUUCUGGUUUUCCAGCCGAUUCGAAAUUCCGCUGCUGGUGCAGAGUGUCGUAAUGAACAUAACCAUGUUCAUAAUGAUUCACCUGUGUGUGACGGUACGGCGCAACAAUGCCAUCAUGCGAACCAGGGAACGAGUCUUUUCAGGCGAUGAAACGCUGCUGGAGGCCCGAGAGUCUAUUAAUAGAGUCAUCGAUGAGCACGCCGCCAAGAGCGACGGUGUAAUUAGCAAUCGAGCAGCAGCGGCCACGGCAACCGUAGGAAACUCAUCGAACUCCGCCGCUGCUGGGCCCACCGGCGGCUGCCAGGGUGCGCCGCCUUCCGAAGCAGUAGGUAAAUUGGCCAAUAGCACCACUAUCGGUAUUGGAUCCGGACUGGCAGCGACGGGUGGUACGGGACUGAAGAAGUCACGGUCCCGGCACUACAUUGUCGAUUUCGACUCACGCUACUUCUGGAAUUGGACCGACUUCCAGUCCUAUCUGGACUUCAUGCUAGUCGUGUGGGUCGUGGGAGCGGCCGUCACCUAUCUGAUGCUGUCGUUGACCUGGUUCAUGGAAACGAUCGGAUUCUUUGCCGUCUUCACCGAGGCUAUGCUGGGUGCACCGCAGUUUCUGCGGAACUAUAAAAAUAAGUCUACGCACGGUAUGAGUAUCUGCAUGGUGAUCAUGUGGACCGCCGGUGAUAUGUUCAAGACUGGUUACUUUAUCUUUAGGCACGCGCCCAUGCAGUUCUGGAUCUGCGGAACUCUGCAGGUCAGCCUCGAUCUCGCUAUCCUGCUGCAGGUGUACAUCUACCGGAAGAAUCCGCCGCGCAGCAGCCACCGCGGCGACUAGCAGUUUGCCCCCCAAAAUAUUCAAAAUGGCAACACUAUCAACAGCACCAACAACCAUUUCAACAGCAACAGCAGCACCAUCAUCAAAACCCACAGUUACACCCAAACCGUUCCCAUCCCUGCACGCCACGGGCAGCCAAAACAACGCUCGCUUCUGGCAAACCCCCGGGUCAAGGUGGCCUAUUCGUCUUCCCCAGCGGCAUCGUCCUUCUACAGUUCGGCAAUUAGCCCAGGAGGUCCAACCCAGACCGAUUGUUCGCUUUCACUUCGAUCGACCGUAACUCCACACCGGCACCAUGGUAUCACUUCCCGCUUACAACACUCCAAGUCGCAUUCGAUUUCCAGCUCCCGAGAGGCCACUCCUGUGCGCAUCGUUGGUGGUGCCAACCAGCGUCGCGCGAACUCGGAAAAGUUUGACCGCCCGAAGACUGCCUCGUUGCCGCUUCCCAAACGGCGACAGCUGAGCUUGAUGAGUGCCAAUUCCGCCGAUGUAUCCAAGGACGAGAGUGGAGAUGAACUUGAGACUCCUGAAAUAAGAAGGGGACGUGCUGUGCGCGGUAAUAUCCUUAGUGAGGAUGUGUUCAAUUACAGUGGAGCUGCGGUGACGGACAAUUGUUCCUUCGUCACCAUCUCCGGAAACGCUUUUAGCAAUCGUCGAGAUUCCAACUGUACGUUAAAUAGCAAUAGCUACAAGGAGCAGUACAUUUUAGGUAGUAAUUAUAACAAUAAUAUUAACCGGCUCAACCGGGAAAACCAAGACUCCAUGCUACUAUCGGUACGGAGCAAAAGUGCGGCACAGACGGACGCUAGCGGGGAUUACAUUAAAACACCCUGUAAGCAGCUCGAGGAGGGAGAAAGCAACAUCGACCUGGAACCGCAUCAUUUUGAAACUAACUGUAAAUCGGUAGAGGAUAUCUUAUGACGACACGCAGCACUGGUCCUUUGGCCAGUGCUCAGGCGGGAUGAGAUCGCCGAGUUGCAACAGGAAUCGAAGCGGCAACAGCCGUCUGCAACGUCCACCAUAUCAAACAAUGAAUCUCGCACGAUGCGUUCAGUCGAGACACAAACCGAACUGCUCGAUUGCAGUGACGACGAGGGCGCCAGCAGUGAGGAUGCUGUGAGUGUGAGUGAUGACGAACUGGAAGCUAUUUCGACAGAUCCGACAGGUCAGCAUCCGCGUGCUUCCGGGGCUAGCGAAAAUGGAUGUGAGGAUAAGAACAACGAUGCUAUCGAUGAUGAUGCGGAUGAUGACGAGGAAGACGAAGAUAUGCUCGGGGAGGAAACGAAACUGAAAAACAUCAAGCGACUAAACUGUAGCCACUUAUUCAACUUCAACAAGCUGGAACUGCUAAACGAACGCUGUUCGACAGUCUCGGGGCAGGAAAUUAGUGAUAGUAACCGAAAUCUGUGCGAACACGAGAUGCACGUGGCAAUCGAUGAAGAUUUGGAAGCUGCAGAGCAGCGCCUUGCACUAGCCAUGGGAGAGGGCAAACGCAGUCUGGAGGGUCACGCUAGCGCCGCAUCCAUUAUCUUCAUCCAGGAGGGCCCAGAAGUGAUAUUAUAGCAGUGGCAUUUCUCUUUUUAUUUGAGAGUCGUUAUUUAUUUUUAGAGAAACCUAGAAAGAGAAAUAUUAUUGUUAUAGCAUUGAACUCCUACCUGUACAUGCGUGAAAUGGCGUAAAUACAGUGCGAAAGAACAAACGAAUGAAUCGAAACGACUUGCACGGACAGAGGUGAUCUAUUUUUGUACCAAAAAGCAACAAUGGAAAAGUGAUUUUUUUCUAUUAGAUCUAUUUAAAAGGCAACAACAUUAGACCUAGAGUAGAGAAAAUGUACGCUUCGGCACGGUGUUGGUUCCCUUUCCUCUAUAACGGGUUAAGCUUCCUAUGCAAUUCUUUGGCUACACACCAAAUCCAAACUCACACAUACACACACUCAUACACUCGUACUCAUGCAUAACCAAACAAUUAAUCCACUAAUGUUAAUGAAAAAAUUAGAAACAAAUUGUCAUUCAUAAUAAUUUUGGGGGGAUUUGAAGAAAAACGUAUUUUAUCUAGUUUAAUGGACAGGAAACUAAUGCUAAUGAACCUGAUUUCUGAAAAAGACUUAUUGCCUGAAUCAAACCAGCCUUUCGCAACGAUAUCUGAGUAACAAGCUGCACACUGAGAGUAUGAAUUUCUAUUAACUCCAAAGACAGGGAAACCACUACAUUUACCACUGAAUUGCUUUACGUUCAGUCUAGUCUGUAUUAACUACUUUAGCGAUUAUCUACAUGUCAAAAUUGAAUCUGAGUUGUAAACCGUAGCAGGCUUCGCACUGCUAAGCGACGCGUUUGCAGUGAUACGAAAUCUUAACACUAGCAGAAAAUAAGCUUAAGCUCUAGCAACUUUGACUAUAUUGAAAAAAAAAAGUUGACUCCGACCAAUUAAAAAUUCGCUACAAUUCGAGCGAAUCCACCGCUGCUGAAUCGACGAGUUUUGAUGCAUUGAGAAUUAUUCAGUACAGGAAAUGUAAAAUAAACGCAUUUAAUAGAUUGUUUUUCUUGUCAUUCUUAAACUUCUUUAGGUAUUAAAUUUUUGCUAGAAUAAUUACAAAAUGUAACAAGUGCUUCAGAUUGAUUUUAGAACUAUUGCUUCCUUUCGACAAAAAAAUCUUUUACGAACGCUGACGCUUCUCGGUUUCGUCGUUUUAGACGAACGUUUUCUUAUCUUAGUUCAAUCUUCGGUCAGUUCAAACACUACUUUGCACGUAGUACCCGCAACUAGUGCGCGAACAACUUCCUAAACAGUCAUAAAUGAGAUUCCAAAUAUAUGAAACGAUUUAUUAACACAACUCCGAAUGGUAAGUUGCGUGUUACGCAAAAUUACUAAUCAACGCACCGAAAUAACAAAAAAACUGAAUAAAUGUCGAAAAAACGGAUUCUAUUGACAAAUAAAAGAGAAAAUUGAUCGUAACAAUUAAACAUAAUAGGGUAGAGAGAGAGUGACAAGCAUAUAUCUAUAUAUCAAACAAAAUGAAACCAACACAUAUAAAGGUAAGCAUUUGAUCGGCAAGACGACUGCGUCUGCCGCAUUACAGUUUGAAAAAGCAGGUCUACUCGUAAUAUAGAAGAAAAAAAACAGCACACAUACAUACAACAACCAUACUUACGCAUAGCGACAAGCGUUAUCAAUAGACCGAAGCAAGUAAAGACAAAACAAUCUGUAAAGUGCCAUCUGGUGAGGAUAUACACAUACCACAACAAUACCGUAGUAGACUCGAUUGUGUCUUCUUUGAUUAGCCUGUUUGAGACUCAUUUGUUAGUUGUUUUAAAAGAGCGUGCGUGUUGUGUGUUCAGACCAACAAAGACACUUUGUUUUCGGAAACGUUACCUUGCAAAUACGCAAAACAUCCGGUGGAUAGUGCCACCAUGCGGUGGGUGGACGCUGAACUGUUUUGCGUACGUGUGGCGAUAUGUGGUUAGCGAAGGGGAGAGUGAGUUUUAUUUUUCUAUCUAGUGUUUUUUUUUUUUUUUGGUUAGUCUCGUUCCUGUCAACUUCGGUGACAGUUUGAGUGAACACUAUAUACAUACAUAGGGUACAUCUAUUUUAGGGCAAAGCAUAGCAAAGCAAAGAAAAGAUGCGAACUGUAAAAGCGAAGCGAAACUAACACUUUACAUGCGGUUAGGCUGUGUAUGUGAAUAUAAUCCAUAAACAGAGAAA